UGAAGCCAGAAUCACCACCCAUGUCAGCCCGAUCCACCCCGGCUGUUUCAACCCCCGUGUUUCAUGAGCACGAAGCGCUGUCAGCCAAUCCAGCUCUUCUGGGGAGAUGCCCAGCUAGACACAGCCUUUUUCUGCUGCUUCUUUCUACCUAUCCUUUAACCAUUGCCUAUCGCUAUACCUUUCCCUAAUGACCAGCUGGAGAACUAGAGAUAUUUUGCCGCGCGGGCAACAUGAAACGCAGCCCCCCAUGAAUCAUUUUCUCUCUUCCCUACAAACAAAACGUGUCCAUGUAUGCAACGCUCUUCUUCCUUUCCUCGCCACCAGCACCAACGAAACCCCUGCAGCCGCGCCUAAAUCCAAAUGCUGCCCAGCUCCAUCCAGUUCUGUUCUUAGCCAAAUAUCCCGCGGGAUGAG